AUGACCGAUCGAGCUCCGAACUGGCGGAGACCGAGGCCUCUGCCGACGGACAUUCUCGAGAAACCUGCCAGGUUAGUGUUUCGCAAUAGGGCGCACUUGCAUCUAGAAAUGUGGACAGUACGGCCACUGGCCUCCCAUGUUGCCGUUUUGCCGCAUACUUUGGACGGGGCAGGCGAUAAGGCAUCAAACAGCACAGGGACCGGCGCCGAGGUGAUUUUCGAAAUGGAAAAUGAGGAGAGAUAGAUGGAGAUGAGAAUGUGAAUGCCGUCGGAACAGCACCGCUGGCAGCCCCGGAUGUUCCCAGAACUAUUCGGAUUCCCAUUCGUUCCCAUUGGAUACAGUCUCCAGAAGACACGUCGCCCGUGUUUCGGCCUAAUCGCUAAUCCCGUAACUGCCUUCGAUUGGUGCCAUUCCGACGUCUCCCGCCACCAAGUUUCGGCACUUUCCCUCCUUCUCCACCGUAAAUGACACCUCGAUUCCGUCGUCGAAACUUGUCCUUCUCCGUCCGUUUGUCUGCGUCUCGGACCUGUUUCCGAGGCGAUGACCAUCGGACGAAUGCAUUUGGCAGCGGAGGCAAAAGCGAUGGCGUGACGUCAGUUAUACGCAUUGUAGCCCCAGUUAUUCGCAUUCAGAAGCCCGCUGACUAACAAAGAAUUAUCGAUCGAUUCGCAGGGGAUAAUGGGUAAUUUGCGGGCGAAGGAAAAGACAUCACAAAAACAGAAGGAUGUUCGACAACACAAAAACUGUUCUUAUUACAGCUUGCUCCCCAAAAUAGGGCUGGAUGAGCUGGUGACUGCGAUGCUCCUCACCGUCGGCGUCAUUUCGCAGUGGUUUCCGAUUGGCGUUGUCUUAGCCGCACUCAUAGCUCUCUACAUUGCCAUCGCCCACGGAGAUUUCAUUUACAGAAGUUAUCUGACACUCAACAGAGAUCUGACGUGAGUUCGGUGCCUUUUCGGCAAGCCCUUCGUUUUCUUGCCACGUUUCAGAGGAUUGGCACUCAUCAUCGAGGUCAAAAUUGACUUGUGGCUGAGGUUGCGUCAGAAUAAAGGAAUCCACGAGCUCUUUCUGAACAUCGUCAAGAAGUGAGCAUUCGCACAGUUCUCCUCCCUCCCUCAAACGAAUAUUUUUCCAGACAUUCAACGAAACCGGCCAUGAUUGACAUCGAAACGAACACGACGGAGACGUUCGGAGAGUUCAACGCCCACUGCAACAGAUAUGCCAACUACUUCCAGGUCUGCUCCUUCCGACCAUCUCAAGUCAAUCAAUUAAUCGGCUUUCAGGGACUGGGCUACCGUUCUGGUGACGUCGUGGCGUUGUACAUGGAGAACUCGGUGGAAUUCGUGGCCGCCUGGAUGGGACUGGCCAAGAUCGGAGUGGUCACCGCGUGGAUCAACUCGAAUCUGAAGAGGGAACAGCUCGUGCACUGCAUCACGGCCAGCAAGACGAAGGCGAUCAUCACGAGUGCGACACUGCAGAAUGGUGAGAUCAUCGGAAAGAUACAAGAAGACGUGGGGAAGAAUUUCAGUGCUGAUUGAUUCGAUCGAAGAGAAACUUCUGGAUGUGGCUGGAAUUGACGUGUACGCAAUGGGAGAACCAAAAAAGAACUCGGAAUUCCAGAAUCUCAGGAAGAAGCUUGAAGUGCAGGGAACCGAAGAGCCAGAGAAUUUGGACACUGUCGACUUCAAAAGCAUUCUCUGUUUCAUCUACACGAGUGGGACCACUGGAAUGCCAAAGGCCGCCGUUAUGAAGCACUUUCGAUAUUACUCGAUCGCCGUCGGAGCCGCCAAGUCGUUCGGAAUCCGUCCGUCCGAUCGGAUGUACGUCUCCAUGCCCAUUUACCACACUGCCGCCGGCAUCCUCGGAGUCGGACAGGCUCUUCUCGGCGGAUCGUCGUGCGUGAUCAGAAAGAAGUUCUCGGCGAGCAACUUCUGGAAAGACUGCGUCAAAUACAACUGCACGGUCUCGCAGUACAUCGGAGAGAUCUGCCGGUAUCUUCUGGCCCAGCCGGUUGUCGAGGAGGAGUCCAGACACAACAUGCGUCUUUUGGUCGGAAACGGACUCCGCGCGGAGAUCUGGCAGCCUUUUGUCGAUAGAUUCCGAGUCCGAAUCGGAGAACUCUAUGGGUCAACGGAAGGGACUUCUUCUCUCGGUUAGUGCUUGAUGAAUCCGUCACUUAAUCCGUCCCUUUUUUCAGUGAACAUCGACGGGCACGUGGGCGCAUGCGGAUUUCUUCCGAUCUCCCCACUCACCAAGAAAAUGCAUCCAGUCAGACUGAUAAAAGUGGACGACGUCACUGGCGAAGCGAUCCGAACGGCCGACGGACUGUGCAUUGCGUGCAAUCCAGGAGAAUCGGGAGCAAUGGUUUCGACGAUCAGAAAGAACAACCCGCUGCUUCAGUUCGAGGGAUAUCUGAACAAGAAAGAGACGAACAAAAAGAUAAUCCGCGAUGUUUUUGCGAGAGGAGACAGCUGCUUCCUGACGGGAGAUCUGCUCCAUUGGGAUCGUCUCGGGUACGUGUAUUUCAAGGAUCGUACGGGAGACACGUUCCGCUGGAAAGGAGAAAAUGUCUCGACGACCGAGGUGGAGGCCAUCCUCCAUCCGAUCAACGGACUCUCCGACGCCACGGUGUACGGGGUGGAAGUUCCGAAAAGAGAAGGAAGGGCCGGAAUGGCUUCUGUGGUCCGAGCGAAAGCAGAAGAAGAAGACGAGGGGCAGUUCGUGCAGAGGGUGGGAGCACGACUUUCUUCGUCGCUCACGAGCUACGCCAUUCCACAAUUCAUUCGCAUCUGCGAAGACGUCGAGAAGACAGGUGAGAGUAUUCUUUUGUUGCCGACGAGCGAUUUCCACUUUCGCAGGUACAUUCAAACUGGUGAAGACGAAUCUGCAACGGCUCGGAAUAAUGGAUAUUCCCACCGAUUCCAUUUACAUUUUCAACUCGGAAAACCGCAACUUUGUGCCGUUUGAUAGCGAGUUGAGACGCCUCGUUGCCUUAGGAAGCUAUCCAUUUUAA